CUUCGCUUAGCAACUCGGCCCUCAAAAUACAGAUUCUCAAGGGUUUCGGCAUCUCUGAUUCGUUGCACCAUGUGGGGCCUACAUGCCCAGUCUUGGAGUUAGGAAGAAGCCACACAUGAAUCAAUCCCGGCCAGCGUGUCCUUUGACUUUAAAUUUCAUUUUAUCACCUUCACAAAGGUUUAGUUUGUCGAGCUAGAUUGGUAGAAGAGGAAGGGGACGUUCAAUACAAAGCAAGUAGAUCUGGGACAUCAGCUAACAUAAGAGGAAGAGUUUGAAUAGAAGCCAGGAGAAUCAGUAGUUUCACUUUCUUUUUGUUCCCAUGUUCCCCCAUUUUGUGUAAUACUGAUUGUAGUUAAGUUGGAGUAGUGAAUGUAGUUAAUAAGUAAUUCCAUUUUAUAUAUUAGCUUAUAACCCGGCCCAUUGGCCAGAAUAUUCAUAUUUAAUUAUUUAUAUUUUUAUGUUACGUUUAAGCUAAUCAACCG